AUGUCCGUGGUGGGAUUUGACUUAGGAUUUCAGAGCUGCUAUGUGGCCGUAGCCCGAGCGGGUGGGAUCGAGACAAUCGCAAACGAGUAUAGCGACAGAUGUACACCAUCAUUUGUAUCUUUUGGGCCGAGAAAUCGAACCAUCGGAGCUGCUGCAAAGAGCCAGGUGGUGACAAAUCAUAAAAACACCGUCCAGGGAUUCAAACGUCUUCAUGGCCGGGCGUUUUCAGACCCGUACGUCCAAGCUGCUAAGUCUAACCUUGUGUAUGACUUGGCACAGAUGCCCAAUGGAGCCACCGGGAUAAAGGUGAUGUACAUGGAGGAGGAGCGGAUCUUCAGUGUUGAGCAGGUUACAGGGAUGCUGCUGACCAAACUGAAGGAGACCGCUGAAAGUGCCCUCAAGAAACCAGUGGUGGAUUGUGUGAUCUCGGUUCCCAGUUAUUACACAGAUGCUGAAAGGAGGUCUGUCAUGGACGCCGCUCAAAUUGCAGGCCUCAACUGUCUACGGCUGAUGAACGAGACCACUGCAGUGACCCUGGCGUAUGGCAUCUACAAGCAGGACCUACCAGCGCCAGAAGAGAAGCCACGGAUCGUCGUGUUCGUCGACCUGGGGCACUCGGGUUACCAGGUGUCGGUUUGUGCCUUCAACAAGGGAAAACUCAAGAUCCUGGGCACUGCGUUUGACCCUGAUCUGGGCGGGAAAGACUUCGACGACAUUCUGGUGAAGCACUUUUGCGAAGAGUUCAGGCAGAAAUACAAGCUGGACGUGAAGUCGAAGCCGCGGGCGCUGGGGCGGCUGUACCAGGAGUGCGAGAAACUCAAGAAACUGAUGAGCGCCAACUCCUCCGACCUGCCCCUCAACAUCGAGUGCUUCAUGAACGACAUCGACGUCAGCGGAAAACUCAACAGGGGUCAGUUUGAGGAGAUGUGUGCAGCGCUUCUGGCUAAAGUGGAGGCUCCUCUUCGUAGUGUCAUGGAACAAACCAAGAUGAAGAAAGAAGACAUUUACGCCGUGGAAAUUGUCGGUGGAGCAUCCAGGAUUCCCGCCAUCAAAGAGCGAGUCAGUAAAUUUUUCGGUAAAGAACUCAGCACCACUUUGAACUCAGACGAGGCAGUGGCCCGCGGCUGUGCUCUGCAGUGCGCCAUCUUGUCACCAGCGUUCAAAGUCAGAGAGUUUUCCAUCACAGACGUGGUUCCAUAUCCAAUCUCGCUGCAGUGGCAUUCAGCAGCAGAGGAGGGGCCGAGUGAUUGCGAGGUUUUCCCCAAGAACCACGCUGCUCCGUUUUCCAAAGUCCUCACAUUCUACAGAAAAGAACCGUUCACUCUGGAAGGGUACUACAAUAACCCCAAAGAACUGCCCUACCCUACAGCCACCAUCGGCCAGUUCCAGAUCAAAAACGUGAGCCCGCAGCAGUCGGGGGAAUGUUCUAAAGUCAAAGUGAAAGUCAGAGUGAACAUCCACGGAAUCUUCAGCGUGGCCGGCGCCACUUUGGUGGAAGUGAUCAAAUCCACAGAGGGAGAGGAGCCGAUGGAGACCGAACAGACGAAGGAUGAAGAGAGUAAGAUGCACGUCGACCCGGAGGAGCAGAAACUGUCGGCAGAUUCGGGAGAGAAGAAAUCUGAGGCUGAGGAGAUGGAGACGUCGCCAGAAGACUCAAAGGAGGAGAAGAAAAACGACGCACCUCAGCCCAAAAAGGCCAAAGUCAAAACAAAAACCGUGGAGCUCCCUGUGGAAAACUCCCUCCACUGGCAGCUGUCCACAGACGUCCUCAACGUGUUUGUGGAGAAUGAGGGAAAAAUGAUCAUGCAGGACAAACUGGAAAAGGAGAGAAACGACGCAAAGAACAACGUAGAAGAAUACGUUUACGAGAUGAGGGACAAGCUUCACGGGGUCCUGGAGAAAUACGUCACUGAAGCCGAUCGCGACUUGAUCUCAUUAAAACUGGAAGACACAGAGAACUGGCUUUAUGAAGAGGGAGAGGACCAGCAGAAACAAGUUUACUUUGACAAACUGGCCGAACUCAAGAAUCUGGGCCAGCCAAUCUGCGACAGGUACGUGGAGGCGGAGGAGAGGCCCAGAGCUUUUGAAGAGCUCGGCCGACAGAUCCAGCAGUACAUGAAGAUCAUUGAAUCUUACAAAGCAAAGGAUGAGCAGUACAACCACCUGGACGAGCUGGAGGUGACCCGUGUGGAAAAACAAGUAAACGACUCCAUGGUUUGGCUGAACGGCAAAAUGAACCAACAGAACAAUCAAGACCUGACCAUGGAUCCUGUGGUCAGAGUCUCGGAGAUCCGCAGUAAAACUAAGGAACUCCACUCAUCUUGCAACUCUGUCCUCUCCAAACCAAAACCCAAAGUGGAAUUGCCGAAAGAUGAGAACGCGACAACAAACGGACCUGUCAAUGGACACGACGAGUCCCAAACCGCCGGCGAGAAACCCACAGGCAAAGCACACGGGUCGCCAGAAAACAAACUUCCCGAAAUGGACAUUGACUAA